AGUUUGAGAUUGCCUCCCUGAAUCAUACCUUAAUACUUCUCCCCCUCCAUUGUUAUUCACUUAUGAUGGCUCUAGAAAUAAACACAGAUAAAUCUACGAAAUAUAAAGAAAAAAAUAAAUAUUGAGCCGAUAUAAAGUAGCUAUUGCACCUGACCCAGUUUUUGAGUUGAUCGUAAUUACAUUUCCAAAGUGCCAAAUAGGAUGGACAUCGUAACUUUGCAGUGAAAAUACAUUGUGCUAAGGGAAGAUCAAGGAAAUUGUAUUUCCUCGACCAGUGGAGUAUCACAAGUGUUGUUCUAGUGCAGGCUCGUUUCGUGGACGACAUUUACAGAGACAACCUACGGUAAUUGGACCAAAACAUUGAAAAUUUGAUACUCCGAUGGCAAUUCCUACACAGUAUCAAGUGAUUUCUCCAUCAACACAAACCAUAAUAGGUGGAGGCCACCUUCAUACACCUCCAUCAAUAUUCCAACAUAUGAUGGGCCAGCACAAUCCCGAGCACCAGCCAGGCAGUUGGGACCAGGUACCACAAGUGCCUCCAAUGUAUAUGCCAUGGAGCGUGCCAAGUCUUCAACAGUCUCGGUUAGUUACAUUUACUGGAGAACAACAACAACAGACUUGCGGGCCGAUGGUACAUCAGAAGAGAAAGCUAGAUAUUACAGACGUAGAAUCAAGGUCAAGGAAACAAUUUAUCUCAGAAGAAAAAAUGGCAGCCCACUUUAGAGACAUGCACAUAAGCUCACAUUACACUCCUACUCUAGGGCCAUCUACAUCAUCAGCGUGCCCACCCUCCCAACCAUCCACCAGUACAACGUCAGAAGUUGAAAUAGAUUCCACCCCCGUAAAUCUGCAAGAUGGCAAGAGUAUGCACCCACGAUUGGUUAUCUCCGAAGAGCUUAAAAGACUUCAGAACGAGCCUCUUCUACCUGCUUCCCUUUUAUCCAAGUUGGAACGACCCUCCAUGGCUUUAGUACUAUGGGAGCCUCCAACAAGACACCUGAGAUUGCCUCUUCAUCAGCAUCCUCCAGCCCAACCUUCAACUUCGACUGCCGAGGAAGACGACAAUAACAACAACAUCGACAACAACAAUGAACAAAUUCCAGAUCUAAACCAAGCUUAUUCGUCCACCGUUCAACUUGAGCCUAUGGAUCUUUGAAGCUUUUUUGUAAAAAUUUCUUGUUACUUGGACGUUAAUUACGAGUGAAUCAUGAGUGAAGCCUCAGUGGAUUAUCAUGUUUUAGAGUCUUCUUUAUCAAAAUUGUCGAUUUGUGAUUACCAUGAAUUUAAGCGUAAGAAGAAACAUUCGCUCAUUUUGAUCGAGGUGGAUAGGUGGAAUAAAUGAUCAGUCCUUCUUUCUCAAAUUGUCAAAAUAGUAAAAGCUCAUAAAUAUUGAACGUUUUCAAGUUUAAAAGAGUUACAACAUUAUGUAGUAUUAUUAUCAAAAGUGUAAAUGUUUUACAAAGGGGCUGAAUCCAUAAUAUUCUAAUUUUUUAUAUUGUUAGGGUGAGAACACAUAGAGAAUCGAGAAUAUUAUAUUUCAGUAAAGGAAAUAACUGCUAGUA